AUGAGGGGUCUGCUUUUUCUCGCGUCGCUCGGCCUGGUGGCUGCCGAGGACGGCCUCGCGGCGUGGCUGCGAUACGCGCCCGUUCCUAACGCCAAAUGUUUCCAGAAGCGCCUUCCCUCCGUCAUCGUGACCUUGAACGCGACCGAGGGCCUGCCGGUAUACACCGCCAGCCAAGAACUCGCCGAUGGCCUCAGCGGCAUGUUCGGGAAGAACCUGACCAUUGGCGAGUGGGGAGACGACCUCGAUGUCCCCGCCGUCGUGGUGGGCACCGUCGAAGCCUACCAGGAGAGCGGCGGCGACGUCGAGGCCCUGCCAGAAUUGAUUGAAGACGGCUACUUCCUCAACGUCACCGGCGGCGAGGUCUUGAUCCUCGGGCAGAACGAGCGCGGAGCGUUGUACGGCACCUUCCAGUACCUCGCCAGGCUCGCCCAGGGUAAAACCUCGGACGUGACGGUUGCCUCGAACCCGGAUGCCCCGGUCCGUUGGGUCAACCAGUGGGACAACCUCCAGGACGGCGGUACCCACGGAAGCGUGGAGAGGGGCUACGGCGGAGAUUCCAUCUUCUGGUGGGAUGGCACGGCCCGCGAGGAUCUUACCCGUGCCGGCCAAUACGCUCGUCUCCUAGCCUCCAUCGGCUUGAACGCCGUGGUUGCCAACAACGUCAACGCCAACGAAAAGGUCCUCAACGAGACAAACAUUGAGGGCCUGGCGCGCAUCGCCGAAGCUUUCCGCCCCUACGGCAUCAAGCUCGGUACCUUUGAUCCGCUCGACGAGUCCGUGGUCGGCUGGUGGCACGACAUCACCGACACCCUGUACGGGCAGAUCCCCGACUUGGCCGGUUUCUUGGUCAAGGCCAACUCCGAGGGCCAGCCCGGUCCCAUGACGUACAACAGGACUCUGGCCGAGGGCGCCAACCUCUUCGCCCGUGCCCUCCAGCCGCACGGCGGCAUCCUCAUGUUCCGCGCCUUUGUGUACGACCACCAGAGCUUGAACCAAACCCUUAACUGGAAGGCCGACCGCGCCAACGCCGCUGUCGAAUUCUUUGACGGACUUGAUACCGAAUUCGAGGACAACGUCAUCAUCCAGAUCAAGUAUGGUCCUAUCGACUUCCAGGUGCGCGAGCCCGUCUCUCCCCUCUUUGCCCAUCUGCAGGAGACGGGUAGCGCGAUUGAGCUUCAGAUCACGCAGGAGUACCUCGGCCAGCAGGCUCACUUGGUGUACCUCGCCCCCAUGUGGAAGGAGAUCCUCGACUUUGACCUGAGGGUCGACGGCGAGGACUCUGUUGUCUCCGACAUCGUCGCCGGAAAGCGCUUCAACAACAAGCUCGGUGGUUACGCCGGUGUCGUCAACGUCGGCCACAACACGACUUGGCUCGGCAGCCACUUGGCCAUGUCCAACCUGUACGCCUACGGCAGGCUUGCCUGGGACCCGUCCGCCGGUUCCGAAGAGAUGCUCGAGGAGUGGAUCAAAAUGACCUUUAGCCACGACCAGGAAGUCAUCGAUGUCAUCUCCGCGCUGUCCAUGGAGUCGUGGCCCGCCUACGAGAACUACUCGGGUAACCUGGGUAUCCAGACCCUGACUGACAUCCUGCUCGGCCACUACGGCCCUAACCCCGGCUCCCAGGACGGCAACCCCUGGGGCCAGUGGACGCGUGCCGACGCGGACACCCUUGGUAUGGACCGUACCGUGUGGAACGGAACCGGAUUUGCCGGCCAGUACCCCGAGGAGAUUUACCAAAUGUACGAGGACAUCGAGACGACUCCCGACAACCUCUUGCUCUGGUUCCACCACGUCCCUUACACCCACGUUCUCAAGAGCGGCAAGACGGUCAUCCAGCACUUUUACGAUGCCCACUACGAAGGAAGCGCCACCGCGCAGACCUUUGUGCCCCGCUGGGAAAGCCUCAAGGACAAGAUCGACAAGGAGCGCUACGAGCACGUCCUCUUCCGCCUCGUCUACCAGGCCGGACACUCCCUCGUCUGGCGCGACUCGGUCAAUAACUUCUACUUCAACAAGUCGGGUAUCCCCGAUGAGGCCGGUCGUGUGGGCAACUACGAGUACCGCAUCGAGGCCGAGGAUAUGGAACUUGAGGGAUACCGCUCUUACAUUGUCGGCCCGUACGAGGCUGGAAGCGGUGGCCACUGCAUCGUCACGUCGGACAACUCUACCCAGGGUAUCGCCUCCACCGUCCUUACCGUGGAGACGGGAACGUACAACGUCGCCGUCAACUACUAUGACCAGGCCAUCGGUAACUCUACCUGGUCGCUCUACCUGGAUGACGACUUGGUGGGCCAAUGGAAUGGAGAUCUCGAGUACGAGCUUGGGCGCGCACCGUCUCCUACAUUGACGGUCAUACCGCCGCCCGUAUCACCUUCCACGAGAACGACGCCACCCUCAUCCGCGGUUCGAGAAUUCUCCAACCAGCCCGUCCCCGCCCGUGCUAUGCAUCUCGGGUAA